GUACUCUGAAAUCAUGGCAACAGUGAUGAGACUCAUAAACUUUUUGAGAGCAUCAUCUUCACUGCAGCAUCGUUUGCUUCGCACAUUCCUGACAGAGGUCAAUGCAACUUUUGAUGAUUUGCUCCUGCACAACAACAUCAGAUGGCUGAGCAAAGGCAAGGUCCUGGAGCGUUUUUGGGCCAUUAGGAAAGAGCUGCAAGUGUUUCUGUCAGAGCAAAAGAGUGUGAAAGCAAAACAGUUCAUGGAAUUCAUGCAAAAUGAAGAGAAGAUGGAAGCUGUUGCAUUUUUGGCUGAUAUAACAUCUCAUCUCAAUGACCUAAAUCUCAAGCUACAGGGCAAGAACAACACAGUGUUUGAGCUGAUGUCAGCAGUGCGUGCUUUCCAGAGGAAACUGGAGGUUUUCAAAAGUGACCUACAGGAGGGACUGCUCCACUUCCCCACACCUUUGGAACAGACCAAAGGAGAAAAUCGUCCUCAGAAUCAUGUUGCAUUCCUGGAGAAGCUGAUUGAAAACUUCAAGAUUCGCUUUGAUGACUUCAGAUUAGGAAAACAAGUCCUACUGUACAUUGAAAACCCAUUUCUGGUCAGAAAUUUCAGAGAGUUCUCUGCAGAAGCACAACAAAUCUUCCCAUGGGCCAGUGCUGCUUCUCUGCAAAGUGUGAGUCUGCAUUCUCAACAAUGAACAUGGUGAAGAACAAGUACCGCAGCCGACUCACCAAUGAACACAUCAGUG